AUGGCAGACCUCAAUAUCUCUGUACCUUACGAGGAGCCGGAAUGGAAAUCUUCCCCGGCUUGGAGAUUACCUGGAUGGGCCGAACCGAUCAUGGUUGCCAGUAUACUGGUUGGCUCCAUGAUAAUCACACGAAGACGCGGAUUUCGUCUGCUAGGCGGGAAGGGGAAUAAAUAUGGUCCUUUGGACGACGACUUAGACGAUGAUUCUUCUGACGACCUCCUUGCCCGAGAAAACAUGCUGGGAGCAUCCGAUAACUGGAGCGAGGAUUCCAUCUCCACAAUGAAGAACCCGCCAAAGAAGCGAUUAUGUUGUGGGGCUGUCAUAUACACACCGAACACGUCUCGGUUCUCGAACCACCUCCACAGCAGGGUUAUGCAAAAGUUCCCCUUUUUGAUGGAGAUGUUCUAUUGGAUCAUAACAUACGCCUUCUACCGCUGUACGAGCAUCAUGUCGCAGGCUAUCUUUUCGAAGACGGGGAUAUGGAUUGUAGCACAAGAUCACGGAUUGUCCAUACUGGAAUUCGAGCAGUUUUCCUGGCUGAGCUUCCUUUGGCCGGUUCACGAGAGAGAUGUUCAACAGUGGUUCAUGCACGGACACCAGACCUUCCUGACAGUCUUGAAUCGCUCGUACGCCUUGAUCCAUAUCCCAGGAACUGUAGGCUUUAUCGCAUGGUACUACUAUGUUGCUCCAUCCUUUAGCACCUUUUCUGUUGUGAGAAGAACUAUGACCCUCACCAAUCUCCUGGCAUUCUUGAUCUUCAUCUCAUACCCGUGUAUGCCACCUCGAUUAUUACCGCGCGAGUAUGGCUUCCUCGAUACCGUAGGACACAACAACGCAGAGAGCGUAUGGAUGAGCGGAAAAUACGUCAACUCGCUAGCUGCGAUGCCUUCCAUGCACUUCGGGUAUUCUUUCUGCAUCGGAUGUACCAUGUUGUACCACUCGGGAAUCAUGCGAAAGUCCCUCCAGCCGGGAGAGACUCGGAAGUCGAAGCCGUGGCAGCUCUUUUACCUGCUAGUCGCCAUCGGAUACCCGUCUUGGAUUCUCAUCACGAUAAUUGCGACUGCCAACCACUAUUAUCUAGAUGCGUGUAUGUCAUUUUUCGUGGUCAUCAUUGCUUUCCUCUGCAAUAAGGUGUUCUUUGUAAUGUUGCCUUUAGAGGAUCUCCUUCUGUGGUGUUUGAGAAUCGAGAAACCGCUUCCUUCUACAGGGGAUAGAGCUCGAAGGAUGGCCCGGGUAUAA